CGGCUUUGCAGAGCUGUGCCAUUUGAAUUUCAGCACAGACAUCCACACACUGUGCUCUCCAUUUCUGGCGUGUCUCCCAGCGCAGAGUUUAGCUGAGGCUUGGGUUUAGUUUUCCCUCCUCUCUCUCCCUGCAGUGACAGCUUCUCCGGGCUCUGCUAGCCAGGACUCCCAAGCGAUCAUGGAGGAUACUACUUUGCAAAUUAUCGAACCACCAACUGCUUCUGAGGCCUCAGAGGAGCAAGCGCCUGAGGAACCCAUCAAAUCAGACCAGAUCAAUGGUGUGAUGGUGCUGACCCUUCUGGACAAGAUCAUUGGAGCAGUGGAUCAGAUCCAGCUGACCCAAACACAGCUGGAGGAGAGACAGCAAGAGAUGGAUAGCGCAGUGACUAGCAUCCAGGGAGAAUUAACCAAGCUGACCAAGGCACACACCACCACCAGCAACACUGUGAACAAGAUGCUGGAAAAAGUGCGCAAGGUGAGCGUCAAUGUGAAAACCGUUCGGCAGAACCUGGAAAAGCAAGCUGGGCAGAUAAAGAAGCUAGAGGCCAACGAAGCGGAGCUCCUGAAACGCAGAAACUUCAAAGUCAUGAUCUACCAGGAUGAAGUGAAGCUCCCGUCUAAACUGAGCAUCAGCAAGUCUCUAAAGGAGGGUGAAAAGCUGGAGAAGGAAGGCGAGGGUGAGGAAGUGCCUGUGGGUGAGGACCAUGCAGAGGAGGACCACAUCCAGCUCUCCUCAGAUGAAGAGGUGGAGGUUGAAGAGAUUAUCGAAGAGUCACGGGCAGAGCGCAUCAAAAGGAGCGGCAUGAAAAGAGUAGAUGACUUUAAGAAGGCAUUCUCAAAGGAGAAGAUGGAGAAGACUAAGCUAAAGACCAAGGAAAACCUGGAGAAGACCCGCCACAACUUGGAGAAGACCCGCCACAACCUGGAGAAAAGGAUGAACAAACUGGGCACCAAGAUUGUGACUAACGAAAGGAGAGAGAAGAUGAAGACCUCUCGGGACAAGCUGAGGAAGUCUUUCACCCCUGACCACACCAUCUAUGCCAGGUCCAAGACAGCCGUCUACAAGGUGCCACCGUUCACGUUCCAUGUCAAGAAAAUAAGAGAGGGUGAGGUGGAAGUGAAAGCCACAGAGCUGGUGGAGGUUGGUGGAGAGGAGGGAGAAAACUCGGAUCUGCUGCGUGGUGAGAGCCCCGAGACGCACACACUGCUGGAGAUCACCGAGGAGUCCGACGCAGUACUGGUAGACAAGAGUGACAGCGAGUAGGACAGGCUGCAGCGCGGAAGGGUUGUGGAUGACGGUUGAACAAGUUAUCAUUCACAUUUCAAGAUCUCUCUCUGCCCUGGUGCCCCAGGGGAAGUGUACACAAUGCAUCUUUACUACUCUGCAGACCCAACGCCAAUCCCCUGCCUGCUUGGACAAGGUGUAUUUUAUAUUUUAGUUUUAGCACACAGAA